AUGUCACACGCUUUGUCGGACGACCAGGUGUCGCAGGAGCUGAAGAAGAUGACUGCAUUCAUCAAACAAGAAGCCAUGGAAAAAGGCCGUGAAAUCGAACUCAAAGCAAAUGAGGAAUUUGCUAUUGAAAAAUCCAAGUUAGUCCGUCAAGAAACUUCCGCUAUCGAUACCCAAUACGAGAAGAAAUUCAAAACCGCACGUAUGUCCCAGCAAAUCACUCAGUCGACCGUCACAAAUAAGACUCGUCUCAAGGUUCUUUCUGCACGUCAAGAGCUCCUCGAUGGUAUUUUCGAAAAGGCGCAGGGUAGAUUGAAGGAGGCUACGCAAGAUAAAGGCAAAUAUACGGAGAUUUUGAAGAACUUAUUGUUGGAGGGAAUGUAUGCGUUGAAUGAGGGGAAGUUGCAGGUUAGAGGGAGAAAACAGGAUUAUGAUGUUAUUAAGAAGGCGAUUGAGGAUGCGCAGAAAGAGUAUAAGGAGAAGACGAAGAAGGAUAUUGUGGCGAGUAUAGAUGAGAAGAAUCCUUUGCCGGAGGAAUCUGCUGGUGGUUUGUCCAUUAUUGGCGGUGGAGGCAAGAUCGAUAUCAACAAUACUUUUGAGGAGCGUCUGAAGUUACUCCAAGACAACGCAUUACCCUCUGUUCGAACCACAUUAUUUGGACCCAAUGUCAACCGGAAAUUCUAUGAUUAG